UCUCCUCCUAUAAAUCCUCCCCGCCUCGUCCCCUGGAAAAGCCAUCUCCAUUUCUCCCACCAACUCUUCUUCCUCCGCGUAAAGCAUCCGCGCCAUUGACACACGAAGAGCAGAGCAAAUCCUUGAUCGUCGUCGGAAUCGAAUCCAUGGCGACCACAAGCUGCAGCAGGAUCCGCAGCAUCGUCCGCCUCCAGCAGACGCUGCGCCGCUGGCGUUCCCGCGCACGGGCCGCGUCCUCGUCCCCAUCGGUCCCGGCGGGCCACGUGGCGGUGUGCGUGGGCGCCGGGGUGGCGGCGCGGCGGUUCGUGGUGCGGGCGGCGCACCUGAACCACCCGGUGUUCCGGGAGCUGCUGCGGCAGGCGGAGGAGGAGCGCGGCGGCUUCUUCCCCUCGUCCCCGGGGCCCCUCGCGCUCCCCUGCUGCGACGAGGACCGCUUCCGCGACGCCCUCCGCCGCGUCGCCGCCUCCUCGUCUUCGUCUUCCCGGGGGGCAGAGCGCUGCCGCUCCUUCCUAUGCUGCCGCGGUGGGCCGGUCGGCGGAGUGGGCCGUGAUGUCGCGGCCAGGCCCUUGCUGCAGGGGUUGGCCGUGGAGAAGAUGGCGUGGUGAAUUUGAAUCUGGUGAUGGGUCGAUUAAUGGCCAUCUCGAAUUUAUCUCGAAUCGCCUUAGCCCGAGGCCCCGAGCGCACGGCAAGCUAAAACAUCGGUCCAGACGAAGGGCGCGCGAGUGCUCCCCUGCCCGGCGUAAUGGCGGCGCGACGGCGGACCCGCCAUGGCCGCGCGCCCGCGUGGUCGACUGAGUCGGGCCAGUUCGCGGGUGGCACUGGUACAGAUUACAGAAGCUAUACACGCACUGCUUGACUGCGGCUAGAAGAUUUUAGUGUAGUGAUUUUUUAUUUUAUUUUUGAUUUGUUGAAGAACGAAGAGGAUGAUGGCUUCCGAGAUUAUUUUCUCUGCGAGACUGCUGUGGGACCGCUUUGCUGGGAAUAAAGAAGAGAAUUGUUCCUUGUUGCACAUU